AUGCUCGAUAUCAAAGCAGCGUCGAAAUCGCAUUUGACGAUUCCCAUUGAGCGACUGCACUUUCAUCGUUGGUUACAAUUUGCAUGUACCGAUGGUAUAGCUGAGCAUCCCGUCUUCCCACUCAUCCUCCAAAAUCUGGCAAUUCAUCUGUAUUCCAGAAAAACAUAUCUUGCAGCUAAAGUGUGCUACGGUGAGAAAUAUCUGAGAAAUCCAGUUAGUCAGGCGCUAUUCGAACAACUGCGCACACGGAUUCUUCCACAGACUGAACAUCGCAGUGCAAAAAAUGUUGCUCUUUUUUAUAAGGCAUUUGCGCAAUGGUUAUCGAAUCCGAGUAUCUGCAGUAGCUCAUUUCGUUCGUACGACGAUUAUUUGCUCGAUCAUUUGCUGCAGUUCAUUGUCGCCAAUGACUUCGUUAGUACCAUGGUUUUAACCAUCGUGUUCUUAUCGCAGUCACAUCAGUUUUUUUCCUUAUUUGGCGAUUAA